UGUAGCUUAUUAACAUGUGGCCCACAUGCCGGUUCCCCACUGAACCGAUCGAUAUGGCAUGCAGCCGCACGCGGCCUGCGCCCGUGGUGUGCAAAAUGCACUACUAGAUCCGGCCAAAGAAAAGCCUAAAUACACUCACCGUGCACACAGUUUAUAGACCAGGCAGUUCAUGCAUCCAUUCAUUGGGUACACAGUUCGCGACUGGCCAUACACUUGCAGUUAGCACUGCAUGUUCAGAGUUCAUGGCCCUGUCCCUUGCCAACUUGACAUCUAUGAUAGUGUCGCUGCACCUAGACUGCAUGCAUUGCUCUCCUUUCUUCAUCCUCGCCUAUAAAUCUAUCGGUCCAGAACCAUAGUUUCCAUCCACAUCCAAAGCACCGCAUCUACCACAACUUCCAUCACCAAGCAAAGCACCACAGCGAGCAACACACAAAACUCUCUGAACACCAUGGUCAGCGCCAAGAGGCUCGCCCAGAUGGCCAAGAAGUGGCAGAAGAUGGCAGCCAUGGGGAGGAAGAGGCUCACUCAGACUACGUCGACAGCAAAAAGAGCCGCCGAUGAGUGUUGCACGACAUCGCCCGUGGCAGUGAAGGGCCACUGCGUGGUGUACACUGCCGACGGAGCGCGCUUCGAGGUGCCGCUGGCAUACCUCGGCACGACGAUCAUCGGUGAGCUCCUGGGUAUGUCCCACGAAGAGUUCGGCUUCUCCAGCGAUGGAAGGAUCACCCUGCCGUGCGAUGUGGCGGUCAUGGAGUACGUACUGUGCCUGCUUAGAAGGAACGCAUCGGAAGAGGUGGAGAGGGCUCUCCUGAGCUCCAUGGUCAGGACUUGCCACCUGGACAGUGGCUCGGAGCCGUCCAUGGGAGUUAGAUCAGUUGCGGUUUCUAGUUUCUGAAGUCCACAAAGGGAUCUUUUUAGACUUCUUAGCCAUUAGUUACGAUGAUCCAAGGCCAAUGAACUUUUGGGCAAUUAACUAAUUUUCCGGAUGUAAAUACGUCAGGUUGAGACUCUUAUAAACAAUCUUAUAUAAAUAUCUGUUCUUUUUCACAUCAGAGAUGAGACCCCUGAACGCUGAGUUCUGCAGUUAUGGUGUGACAAGUUAAGGCUCAAUUGUAUAACGGUGUGUAUCUAUAAUGUGUUCGAGUUCACCAAAGAUCACAGUAUGCAUAGCCCGGGAGUUAAUCUUCCUUUACAUAUCAAAAAGUACACCAAAGAUUCGAAGAGGAUGUGGUACAAAUUGUCCCUGAAAAGGAUUGUGGCACGGAUUUGACUAAA